AUGCUUUCAGAUAAUCCCGUGGAGACAAUUGGAUCACAUGCAUUCAAAAUUCCAAGAGAGGACCUUCUAAUGUAAGCAAUUGAUACACUAAAGUAAAAACAAUGUCUUACUAUCCACUUCUUGUACUGGAUUCUGUUUUUUAAUGUUUGAUUUCUGAAAUAAGUCCCCAUUUUCUGAUAUUAUCUAUAGAGGGUCCUGAAGGUGUAAAAUGGGAACUGGGAUUCGCCUUUUUAUGUACUGGGAAAAUGGGAUUUACUGCACUGGGAAAGGCAUAAACCAUUUCUAAAACCAAGGGAAAUGGGAUUUCUAUCCUUUCACGAUCUUCGAUUAUGUUAUAUAUGAGACAAUUGCUCAAGUGUGCCUAUCCUUUUUUUUAAGUAAAAGAAAUAAUAUAUACACGUAGACCUCAGUAGACACAUAGGAUCAUGUCAAUUUUUUCGCAUUCGCAUCCAAUGCCUCGCCGCCACCCAAUUAGCUGUUGUGGCUCUUCCCCAGGGUCUUUUUUGUACGCAUUAUGGUGAAAUAACAACGAUGCUAGCAAGACUUCCCUUCAGCUCAAAUUUGUUAAAUUUUGGCACAAAAACGAUUCAAAUAAAUAACAGUCUAAACACUUUCAUCCGCGACACAGGUGAACAAAACAUACCUGGUAUAAUUGAUACAUUAAUCAUUUUUUAAUCAACACAACCAGCACCGCACCAAUCAGAAGCUGCGUAUGCAUUUUUCGGAAUUGUGGAGUUUCGGGGAAAGCGUUUCCUUUUCCCCUCCCCCUUCUUUGUUAUGCUUUCGUCCCAACUUUUUCGAAGACCUCAGGCGGAAACUCUUGCUGCGUAGGCUACCCGCAGAGGUUCUCAACGUAAUGAUUACAGCGAUAGCGAAAAAUAAAGUGAAGACUGUGAUUCGGAUGAGAAUUGUGCAGAAGACAGGUGGUUUUAAUAUGGUGGUGUCAACAAGGGUUGGAAGAGGAGGAGUGUUCACCAGCAGGAUGAGUAAUUUUCUUCAGUCCAGGUGAAUGAAGGUUCAUAAUCCAAAUGGCAUCAAUCAACGCUUUUACUUCAUGAUGCGCAUCAGCGAGCACUGGAAUUGGGAUUACAGAUUUGGUAACUGGGAUUUGGACUAACGUCAGGCUGAGAACUGGUAUAAGGUACCCUCCCCACAUCCCCCCGCCCCCCCUUUCAGGACCCUUUCUAAAAAAAAUUCUGGAAUAAGCGGUUGUCUUGACUUUAAAUUUUACUUCAUAAUUUUGGCAAGCAACUCGAAAGCUUUCUUCAACUGAUGUACAUUAGUUUCGAUGUAUACUUGCUUUCUUUGUGUGCAACAUAGAUUCUCUUGCUAUGUUUCGCAUUUACGUGUUUUUUUUUUUUUGGUCCUGAGUAUCAUAAGUUUUACUGACGCAUCGAUCAUAAAGGUCACGCGCACAUCUACUACAAAUCACGUGAUUGGUGGGGAUUGUUGGGACCGAACUAGUCGGUAAAUAACGAAAGAUUACAACGGAUUGAACCUUAAACGAUUACUUUUAUUCCGCCUUCACGACUCGUGGUCCUUAACAACUACAGUCGGGCGUUCCAUGCACUACUGAGGGGGAAUCUGGGUCCUAAUACACUACAGGGAUGAUUCUAAGUUUAUUCACUUUUACGUGCGUUCAAAGUCAGGUGGAAGAGGUGGAGAUCCCUUCCCUUCGUUCAUGAUAAACAGGGAAAAAAAUAAUCCAAUAAAUAGCCAACAAAUAAGGAAACUACAUCAAAGGAACAGGANGCGGAAACUCUUGCUGCGUAGGCUACCCGCAGAGGUUCUCAACGUAAUGAUUACAGCGAUAGCGAAAAAUAAAGUGAAGACUGUGAUUCGGAUGAGAAUUGUGCAGAAGACAGGUGGUUUUAAUAUGGUGGUGUCAACAAGGGUUGGAAGAGGAGGAGUGUUCACCAGCAGGAUGAGUAAUUUUCUUCAGUCCAGGUGAAUGAAGGUUCAUAAUCCAAAUGGCAUCAAUCAACGCUUUUACUUCAUGAUGCGCAUCAGCGAGCACUGGAAUUGGGAUUACAGAUUUGGUAACUGGGAUUUGGACUAACGUCAGGCUGAGAACUGGUAUAAGGUACCCUCCCCACAUCCCCCCGCCCCCCCUUUCAGGACCCUUUCUAAAAAAAAUUCUGGAAUAAGCGGUUGUCUUGACUUUAAAUUUUACUUCAUAAUUUUGGCAAGCAACUCGAAAGCUUUCUUCAACUGAUGUACAUUAGUUUCGAUGUAUACUUGCUUUCUUUGUGUGCAACAUAGAUUCUCUUGCUAUGUUUCGCAUUUACGUGUUUUUUUUUUUUUGGUCCUGAGUAUCAUAAGUUUUACUGACGCAUCGAUCAUAAAGGUCACGCGCACAUCUACUACAAAUCACGUGAUUGGUGGGGAUUGUUGGGACCGAACUAGUCGGUAAAUAACGAAAGAUUACAACGGAUUGAACCUUAAACGAUUACUUUUAUUCCGCCUUCACGACUCGUGGUCCUUAACAACUACAGUCGGGCGUUCCAUGCACUACUGAGGGGGAAUCUGGGUCCUAAUACACUACAGGGAUGAUUCUAAGUUUAUUCACUUUUACGUGCGUUCAAAGUCAGGUGGAAGAGGUGGAGAUCCUUCCCUUCUUUCAUGAUAAACAGGGAAAAUAUAAUCCAAUAAACAGGCAACAAAUAAGGAAACUAAAUCAAAGGAACAGGACUAAGGAAAAAAUGCGGAGAGUGAAUUAACAAAAGUGGGAAGCAUUUCAGGAACGAGUAGGUGUAAAAGAUAAAGUUUGGUAAUAAUAAUGAAAUCGCUCAAAACCAAAACUUUGUAGAAUACAGUUGUAUGUCAGUAGUCUGCUUUUAUACUUUCUUUUUUGUUUUGUUUUGUUAUUUUUAAUUUUUCCAAUUACUGUUGCUAAUAUUGCCGUCAUUGGUGUAGACCAGGCUAUAGUAAAACCUGUACUUAAGAAAAAAACUAAGUGGUUCCUUUGGACUUUACUCUUCGUAGCUAGACACUGCUCUAUAACACUACUCUCUUGACCACAAAGCGAAAUUAAAAUAUCUCUAUUCUUCUUGUAGGAAAAUAUAAUACAAAGCUUGUAAACUCUGAGUCGCAUUUUUUUUUGCCGGUUCUUCUUCUUCUUCUUCUUUUAUUUUGACUUGAAAAAAAAAAAAGAAUACAUUACAGAUUCACAUACGAUGUUAAAAAAUCAAAACCUUGAAAAUUCGGAGAUGGACCAUAAUCAUAUACUGUUUCUUCCUUUUUUUGUUUAAGAUAUAUGAUACGAACAAAAAUAAAGACUGUCAGUCUCCGAUCUUUUUACGGCAUUGACAACCUUACGAUUGAUAUGUAAGUAUGGUCUAUGGUCUGGUCUUUUGCGGCCGGGCUCUUUGUCAUGUGAGUUUGGGUGCAAAGUUAUUCUUGAAACAAGGAUCUUAUUUGAUUAUGACUCCUAUCAUCUUUUUAUCUCUUUUUUCAAUAGAAGUUUUUAUGAAGGAAAAAUUGGGAUUAUGAAAUUCAAUGAUGACGAACAUAACUGCACAAUUCAUCUGUGAGUGAAUUCAUCAUUACAACAACAAGGAUAUCAGAAAUCGGAAUAUGUGCAGUUAUUUUUUCUCUGUCACUAGCUCUUAGAUUGUGAUUGAUUUUUCUUUUCAUAAUUUUUGUUUUUACAUUAGGGGAUUAGGACAGAAAGAUUCUGAAUAUAGCGUCAUUUCUGAUAUCGUCACUUCUGAAAAUGAUGUUUCGGUUAGGUAUCAAAUAAAAGCGGCUUUUAAACAAUCUGGAUUUGCCAAGAAAAUUGUUGGACGUUAUGAACUACUUCCAUGUGAAUUUGGAACAUACGUUAAUGCUUCUGCUGAAACCAUCAAAUGCAUAGAGUGCCCAGCAGGUAAAUUUAUUCGCAGCUUAUGA